AUGAAGGUUAUUGAUGCAGCUGAAAUGUAUGAAGCAAAGGCUAGAGAAUUGUUGGAAGCUGACAAGAAGAAGAGUGGACUUGCUUUUCCAUUGGGUUGUUCCAUCAAUCAUGUUGCUGCUCAUUAUUCACCAAAUGGUGGAGAUGAAACCGUUAUUGGAAAGGAUGAUGUUAUCAAGUUUGAUUUGGGAACUCAUGUAAAUGGAACCAUUAUUGAUUCUGCAUUUACCAUGUGUUGGAAUGAUCAAUAUCAACCAUUGUUGGAUGCUGUCAAGGAAGCAACAAACAUGGGUGUCAGAACAGCUGGCAUUGAUGUUAGAUUGGGAGAUGUUGGAGCUGCCAUUCAAGAAGUAAUGGAAUCUUAUGAAGUUACUAUUAAUGGAAAGACUCACAGAGUUAAAAGUAUUGAAAACUUGUGUGGACACUCAAUCGAAAGAUAUCGUGUCCAUUCAACUAAAUCAGUUCCAAUCGUUGCUUCUCCAGACAAUACCAAAAUGGAAGAGAAUGAAUUCUUUGCAAUUGAAACUUUCGGUACUACUG